GACAGAAACUGCAGGUAAAAAGACAUCAAUGAUGGCCACGACGACACUCGAGUAUGGAAUGUAAACAUCGGGAUUCUUAGGCAGUUAAAGAGUGUAUCAAAUGUAGACCAGCUAUUUCGUUAUUAAUUCAUGCGUAUGCUUCAUAAUACAUUAGUCACACGAUUUCGGAAGUCAGAUUUGGAAUUCAGCAGGGAGGUGUCAAUGAUGACACCACUCUAUAGAAGCUGUGUUCAGAACAAGUAUCCAAUCUUGAUGAAUCAGAGUUGCUGAGUGUCAAACAGAAGAGUGUGUCUUUGAAUACAAAUAAUUCACUGUCACUGCAAGUCACUAUAUUGCCAACAUGGCAACUAUCUCUGGGAAUGAGGGUGAUCUGAAAACUGACAUGGAUAACAUACGUCCUGGUGACAGAGAGGCAUCUGAUGACGGGCCAAAUGAUGGUCAUAAUGCUGCUGGAACUGCUGUUGAAGUAGCAGAUACAGGCCUAGAGAAACAUGGUAGAGUUCCUCACCAUGAAGAAGCUAACACACCAGCUGAACAUUCAUUGGUUGAUCAGGCAGUCGUAGAAGUGAAGCAAGGUCAAGAUGUUGAUAGUCUUCUUCAGCAAAUGUACGCCCAGAUUGUUUACAAGGACAAGAACCUUCUAGAUCUCAACAACAACAUCCUGGAGUUAGAGCGACGAUUGAUAGACCUCCAGGAACACGUUGGGGACAAGAAUGAGGUGAUUCGGGGUCGAGAUAAAGUCAUAGAGGUCUUACAACUUACUAUCCAAGAAAAGGAGAACAUGAUAAGCAACCAGGCUAAGUUGGUGUCCAAACUGUCACAGAAUAUGGAAAGCAGUGAUGAAAAGGUAUCUGAGCUACAAGAACAGUUGGUGAAAGCUAACUUAGAAUUGACUAGUGAACGAGAACGAUUUAAUGUUCGACUUUCGGAGUCCCAGAAGUAUUUUGAAGAAAUACUUAAAGAGCAAGAAGACAAAAUUUUGAAUUUAAAAGAGAAGUACAAAGAAAAGGAAAAUGAGCUGGAAAAUGUGCAUGCAGAAUUUACAGAACUUAUCAGAAGACAGGAUAGGAAUAUUAAGGAAAUCAUGUCAGUAAAUCCAGUCAACAUAGAGGGCAGUGUGAUACAAGCGCUGCAACAGCAGAUAGGGGACCUGCAUGAUGUUAUUGCUCAGAAAACCAGUCUCAUAGAGGCACUGGAUAGUAAGUGUAGGCUUCAGGAAAGUGAGUUAGAGAAUGAGAGAAAAAUUCAGAGGUCAAUGAAAGAAAAGCUUCAGGAUCUGUCAGAGAAAACCAUUUUGUCUGAGUCACAUCUUAUGCAUGUGGAAUCUGAACUAAACAUUCAAAGGCAAAACUUUAAAAGAAAAUUAGAGGAAUUGUUAGAAAAACAUGAAGCAGAAAAGACAGAAAGGGAUCAACAAUUGAGUACUUUGAAAUCAGUGUGUGCCAAUUAUGAACAGUUGUAUAACCAAUCAAUGAAAGAAUAUAGCUCUUUACAGGACAGGCAUUACAAAUUGUCUAAUCAAGUUUUAAGUUUCAAGAGCUCUGCAUCAGGGUCUGAAAUUGAUGCAAGUGCUUUGAUUGCAGAAAACCAUGGUCUUAGUUCGGAUCAUGAGGUAGUGAAAACUGAUGGCCUUAAACAGUUGCAAGAUAUGUGUGAGGAUUUGUCAGCAAGGUUGAAGGCAAAAGAGGAAGAACUUUUGCAUUUACAGGACACAGUUGACCAGCAAACACCAAAGAAAGAUGAAAAGAAUGUAGCUAAACUCAAAGAGAAAAUGCUUUUAAAGACCAAAACACAAUUAUUAAGCAAGGGUAGAUCUGUGAAAAAAGAAGCAAAACAAGUCCGAGAGGAUGAUGAGGAUUGUAAAGCCAGAAUGAAAACAGACGUACCUAUGGAACCGGAAUUAAGAACUACAGGAGGUUUUGAGUCAUUAGAAGAUAAAACAGUAACCAAAAUGUCUGGAGGAGAUAACAGUGCUGCAUAUGAUGUUGUUGAAAUGGAUUUAACAAAAGAAAGAGUAAUGGAACUUCAGCGGUUGAAUCAGUCUCUUGACGCCCUAUGCUGUAGACAAGUAAUUGAUAUUAAUGUUUUGAAGAAAGAAAACAAGCAAUACAAAGAAGAAAUAAGAAAACUUUUUUCUCACCUGCUAGAUCUAAGAAUGUCUCUCUGUCAGAUAUUAGAUAAAAAAGAUACUGAAGACCAAGGGGAUACAAAACACGUGGCUGAUGUUAAGCAUAUACCUUUAGGAGAAGGUGAUAAGACAUUUGAUCCUAAAGAAAUAAGUGAAAUGAUGCAGCAAGUUUCUGACGAUCUAAAUAAAUACAAGAAUGACAACAAAAAGGUUCAGAAGAUAAGCAAAGGUAAAGAUGCAAAAUUAAAAGCAUUGAAUACAAAUCUAGAAGAGUUGAGAACAGAAAGAGAAAAUCUGUUGAAAGAAAAAUAUCUUCUUGAAAAUAAAGUGCAAGACUUGACUGGAAAUUUCAUUACAGACUAUGCAAGCUCAUCUAAUGUCGACCUGGAAGUGAAAUGUGCAAAGUUAGAAUAUGUUUUGCAGCAAAAAGAUGAAGAAAUUCAAAAACUACAAUUUACAAUAGAGUCAACACCAAAGUUUACAGAUAGAAAUACUAUGCAUUCAAAUUUUGACUUGCUAACAAAAGAAAAUGAGAAAUUGAAAACAGAAAUAAUUAGGUUAACAACCAUUGACAAAGCAAAAACUGCCAAGAUUAGGCAAAUUAAUGAAAACACUGAUUUGGUUAUGAAUGAAAAGACUGAAGAAUUAAGUAGCAAGAACACUGAAGCUCAAGAAUUAGAAAAACUUUUCACAAGUAGUAAAAGUCAGAUUCACGUUUUGGAAAAUGAAACUGAAAAGUUGAAGGGUGAGAUAAGUAAAUUGCAAAAGAUUAAUAAAGGAAAAGAAUCAAAAGUAAAACAAAUGGAGGAAAUGGUGGCAGAGAAGACAAAUGUGCUAGAACAAGUUAAUGCUGAAAAUAGUAGACUAAAAGAGAAACUGAUACAAUUAGAGCACGAAGUUGGAGACUUGAAUAAUGAUAUAAUGCAACUAAGAAAGGUAAAAAGUCAUUUUGAAGAAGAAUUAGAAAGAUCUCAUAAAAGUUUGUUUGACAUUAAGGACAAAAUGGAGUCCAUUCAAGAAUCUGAAAAUGGCGUGCGAGAAAAAGAAUUAUCAAAAGUAACAAGUUUAGAAGAAACAGUAAAAAUUUUGCAAGAGGAAAAAAUAAUUUUAGAAUAUGAACUUGAUACAGCAAAAGAGGAAGUGAAAAAUCUUAAGGCUUCACAUGAUGAUUUUCUACCAGAAGGUGAUCAAUUUGAAACAAUACACAAAGAUUAUGUUGAAGAUCUUGGUCAUGAAAAUUCUACAGCAGACAUUGUAUUGAGUGGGGAAAUAUCAGUGUCAGAUAAUGAAAUAAAAAAGAAACUUGCAAACCUGAGUCACAAAAACAAAAUGCUACUGCAGGAAAAUACAAAAGUGAAAAUGCUAGUAAAAGGAAAGGACAAGAAAGUCAAGAAACUGGAAGAAUUAUUAAAAGAUCAGCAGGUUCUUAUCAGCGAAAAAGAGACUGAUGUACUAAUUUUACAGGAAAGUGUCAAAGAUCUCAAUAAUAAAGUCAAAAUGCUGGAGGAUAUUGAAGAUGAUUUAAAACAUAAAAUUGAUAUAACUGCAGAUGAUUUAUGUGAAUGGAAGGAGAGCUGUCAUGAUCUAGAAGAUCAGUUAGACGCUGCACAUGAUAUGUUAGAUAGAAAAACAGGAGAAAUUUAUAGACUAGAAGAUGAAAUUGUUGCUUGUAGAGAUGACAUUGAAAAGGUUUGCAUUGAAAGGGAUGAGCUUGAAAGACAACGAGACCUGCUGAAAGAAGACUUAGACUUAUUUCAGAAUAAAAUUUCAGGUGAACAAGAUCAUUUAGCUUCAUUAAGAAUGCAAAUGGAAAAGUUGGUAUCUGUGAAUGAAGAAAACAAAGCUGACAUACAGAAUUUAAACAAGAUCAUACAAGAAAAAGAUUCAAUUAUAAUGGAAAGUGAGACACAACUUAAAGCAAAUGAACUGCAAUUGCAAGAAAGUGCCACUUAUAUUGGUCAAUUAAGUAAUGAAAUAACUUUAUUAAAAGAAAGCUUAAAACUUGAACAGGAUCAGUUAGCCUCGACCAGAAUGCAAGCGCAAGAUGUAAUGACUAUGAAUGAACACAGCAAAACUGAAAUAUUUAAUUUAAACAAGUGUAUAGUAGUUUUUGAGCAAAAAUUGAAUGAAGGUGUGAUUGUUAAUGAUCAAUUAAAUGAUGAAAUUUCAGCAUUAAAAGAGUGUUUAAACUAUAAAGAAGAUCAGUUAAGUUCUUUGCAAGUGCAAUUACAACAAUCUUCAGAAAUUUAUAAUAACAACCAGACUGAAUUAGGGAAAUUAAAUCAGAUGCUUGAAGAAAAUGCUGUUACAAUUAAUGAAAAAGAUACAAUGCUGGAAGCCAUUAAAUUGCAACUCAAAGAAAAUACUGUCUAUAACGAUGAGAUAAAUAAUGAAAUGGCAAUCUUAAGUGAUAGGUAUAAAAGUGUUUGUGAUGAAUUAGACUGUGAAAAGAAAUCAAAUGUUGAGUUAAGAUCUAAAUUAAACAAUCUUACAAAAGAAAUAGAAAAAAUGACUGAGGAAAAAGGUAAUUAUGAAAAAGAUAUGUGUAUGCUAAACAAACAUUCUGAGAGCCUUCAGAAAGUGAAAGAAGAGCUUGAAUCAAAAUUAAGAGAAAAAGAAAACGAAAUAGUAACAUUGAACUCUGACCUUCAGAAACAUGUUGAAAGAUUGUCUAAAAAUGAAUUUGAAAACAACAAUAUUCUUGCAUCCCACCAACAGAUAGCUGAAAUAUCGCAAUCUUGGGAAAGCAGAUGUUAUGAUUUGCAGACAGCCUGCACACAUUGGCAACAGCAGUGUGAGUCAUAUCAAAAUGAGCUUCAGUCAGUUACUGAUAGGUUGAACUUGGCAGAGAAUGCAGCGCAAAUGCAUACUGAAGAAAUUGUCAGAUUAAACGAACAGGUAUCUGCCUCUCAGGCACAGGUUUUAGAAUUUAACUGGAAAAUGACCGAAAACGAAAAAGCGCAAGAAACUGUUUAUAAAGCUAAAUUAAAAAAUGAAAUGGAAAUGUUAAAUGAUAGGUUUAAAGGUGUUUGUGAUGAAUUAGACAGCGAAAAGAAUUCAAAUGUUCAGUUGAGAACUGAUUUAAGUAACAUUACAAAAGAAAUGAACAAACUGACUGAAGAAAAAAGUAAUUAUGAUAAACAUAUUUGUAUACUAAGCAAACAAUCUGAGAGCUGUCAACAAGAGAUAGCAGAACUUGAAUCAAAAUUAAGAGAAAAAGAAACCGAAAUAAUGAGAUUGAACUCUGACCUUCAAAACCAUGUUGAAACAUUGUCUAAAAAUGAAAUAGAAUACAAUAAUAUUCUCGCAUCCCACCAACAGAUAGUUGAAAUAUCGCGAUCUUGGGAAAACAGAUGUAACGAUUUGCAGACAGCCUGCAGUCAUUGGCAUCAGCAGUGUGAGUCAUAUCAAAAUGAGCUUCAGUCAGUUACUGAUAAGUUGAAAAUUGCAGAGAGUGCAGCGCAAAUGCAAACUGAAGACAUUGUCAGAUUAAAUGAAAAUAUAUCUGCCUCUCAGGCACUGGUUUUAGAAGUUAACUCGAAAUUAGCUGAAAAUGAAAAAGCACAAGAAACUGCAUUAGAAAGAAUUGCAAGUUUAACUACAGAGACUAAAGAAAAGGAAAUGGAACUAGUUUCACUACGGGAAAAGUUGAUGGCUACAGAGAAACAUCUAGAGCAGUUUGUUUCAGAGCAAGAUUCUUUCAAAAAGGCAAUAGUAUCACUUGAAACUACAGUAACUGAACAAAACCAGACAAACAAGAGACUUUAUGAAGAUUUAUGUACCAGGAUGGCUGAAGUGGAACAGCUGAAUUCGGAUUUGGUGAAUACAAACCUGUCAGUUGGAAAUAUUAAAACUGAAAGUGAAGAGAAAAUGCAAUCUCUUGAAAAUGAUAUCAAGCUCUUAAAUCAAAAGUUAAUGGAAACAUUAACAGAAUGUCAACAAUACAAGCAAACUCUGUUACAAUUGAAUGUCUCAGUGGAUGCCUUAUUUCAAGAAAAACAAACAUUAGAACAGAAAAUAGACUGGUAUCAUAACAAGUAUGAAGAAGCACAACAAGAAGUUGGUACAAAAGACCAUAGUUUAAUGCAGAUAAGUGAACAACUCCAAAGUAGACAAGUACUUAUGUCAGAGACAGAGAAUUUUAUUGCAGAUUUGCUAAAUAAAACUGUAUUAGAUGAUGAAUUAGAAACAAAUAAGUCAAAUGCUGAUGAUUUAGCUUUGGCACAGGUUUUCAAUGAAAAUGAUGCAGACAAUAAUAUUGUUAAUGAAGUUGAUGUCAGUAGAAGAAGAAUACAAGGCUUGUUGAAAAGUUUGGAGUCCAGAUUUAUUAAACAGGCUUCACUUGUUAAAUCUGUUCAGGACAAUAUUACUUCCAAGCAAACACUUAUCCAAAAUGAAAAUGUGCUUGAUGAAAUUGGAAACAACGGUUCUGCAAUUGACACUGCUGAUGGAAUAAUUGUUGAAACAAUCCAACCACUAACUUCAGCAGUUUUGGAAACUGCAGGUGUUACACAAGGGCAAACAUGUAUGGAUUCCAAAACAAUUAAAAUUGCUCAGUUUGGCCAUAAUAUUGAAAAUGUAUUACAAGACCAUAUGGAGAAAGAAGUUUCAUAUGAAGAAGAAAUAAGUCUGCUUCAGGAUAAAAUAAAGAAUCUUGAAUCAAAAGCUGAAUCUGAAAAUGAAUUGAAAUUUGAAACAGAAAAAUUGCAUCAACUGAUAAGAUCAUUAGAAGAGGAGUUAAAUACUGCCAAUGUUGAUGCUAAAGAUCUUGAAAAGGUAAAUAUUUCUCUAAAAAGCACAGAAAAUGAAUUGAAAAAUCAAAUAAUACAGUUGAAAAAACAAAGUCAAUCAUUACACGUUGAAAAUGAUAGUCUUAGAAAAGAAUUGAAAGAUACUUCUUUUAAAAAGUCAGAAGAAAACCUUCUACUGUGCAGAGAGAGAGAUGAUAAUUUACAACGCACAGAACAAAUUUAUCGUGAAUUGUCUGUGGCUCAAAGUACAAUUAUGAAUUUGCAAGCUACAAUAUCGCAGCUGACUGCUGAAAAGCAAGCAAAUGACGAUUAUGUAAAAGACAAAUUAACAGAAUUAGAUACAUUCAAAAGUAAAUUGUCUGAACAGGAGGAAGUGAUAGAAAGUUUGAAAGUUGAACUGCAGCAGUUGCAUCACCUAGUUGAAGACUUCACUGCAAAAGAUCAUAAUUCACAAAUUCUUAUUGCUGAGCUCAAAGAAAAGUGCAAUAUUAUGAAAGAAGAAGCUGAUAAACAAAAUGUGAACAUGACAGACCUUCUGCUGCAGUUAAAAGACAAAGAUGUUACAAUUGCUUCAAGAGAAGAAGAAUGUUUGAAAAUGCAAGAGAAGUUAAACACAGUUAUAAAAGACCUUGAAAACUUGACAAUGUCUCAAAAUGAUAUGCAGAAGAAAUUCCAAGAUCAAGAAAUGGAAAGUACUAGUAUGAAAGAAGUGAUAGACACAGAAAAAGAGGAGGUUCAGUCAUUGUAUGAGCAGAUGAACCAGCUUGUAUCUGAAAAGUUGGAUCUUGAAAUGACAGUGGAGCAGUGUAAAAGAGAUUUGCAAAGAGCUGCUGAGGAAAUGAGAAAAUUUUAUCAAGAUAGGGAGAACAUGGAUGAAAUACAACAAAUGAAUGAAAACAUGGUUAUAGAAAACAAAGCAUUAAAGCAAGUGAAUGCUGAUUUUUCCAAACAGAUUGAGUUAAACACAUUAAGAAUAAAAGAGCUUGAAAAUCUGCUUGCUAACAGUAAUUCUGAAUUAAGUACUUUGAAAACUGAAUUUGAAAGUUCAUUUGCUAAACAACAGGAAUUGGAACAUAGAGUUACUGUUUUGACACAGAAUUUAGAAGAGGAAAGAGACCAAGUUCAGAGUGUGUCUGGUGAAUUAUAUGCUAAAAGGGAGAGUUGCAAUAAACUGAAAGUGCUUCUUGAGGAGCAAAAUAUGAUGGUGCAUUCUUUGAAAGAGACAAUAACAUCAAUGUCAGAUGAUGUUGACUACUCUAAGAAGCAAUCUUUUAAUGUUCAAUCUGAGCUUGAUCAAUGCAAAGUCAAGAUUGGGGAUCUCUUGAACAUAAUAGAAUUGUUAAAGGCUGAAAAAGAGCAAGUGUGUGAGAGCAAUUCAAAACUAGAGGAUAUUGUUUCUGAGAAAACUAGAGCAAUUCAUACAAUUUUUACUGAAGUAGUUAAAAUGAAAUCAGAGUUCAUGAAAUUGAAAACAUCACUUCAAGAGAAUAUUCAGUCAGUCAAUGUUUUGCACACAGCUGUUGGUUAUGUUGGAGUUGCUAUCUGUGUAGCAAAUACAGCUGAACGUAUAGAAGGCCAUCUUGUACACUCAAGCGAUGGCGUUGGGACUGGAGAUAUGGCUGACUUUGCCCUUGAAGUCAUGAAGGAUGAAAUGGAGAACAUGUCUAUGAAGGCAAUCAUAGACUGCAUGAAACAAGAUCUCUUUGAAUGGUCCACUCAGUUGUCUUCUGGAACUCAGGACAACACUCAGCUGUAUGUUAAAGUGUGUUCCUUGAAAGAGGAGAUAGACAAAGUAAGAAAUGAAAAUAAAUUAAUGGAAGCAAGAAUUUCUGAAAUGCAAAGUGAAAGUGAACAUGCUGAAAAAGAAAGAAGCAUACAUUUAAUGUUAGAAAAUCAGACUCAGACAGAAACCAAUACCGACUCAGGUGAUACCCUUAAAAGUAAAAUAGAAAUCUUGGAGAAAGAAAAUGCAACUCUCAAGCAAACUGUGAAUGAGAAAGAAGAAAGAUUUACCAAAGCUUUGGCAACUGCGAAGAAAAUAAAAUUUCAGUUAACAAAAGCAAAUGAAAGCCUUCAAAAAGAAAUUGCCUUGAAAGCAAAGUUAGAAAAAGAGUUACAGGAUGAGAAAGAACAGUCUGUGUCAAGAGAGCAGACAUUGCAAGAAGAAUUAAAUUUGAGUGUUGAAAAAAUCUGUUCACUACAUGAACAACUUACUCAGAGCCAUACCAUCGUUAAAAAUCUUGAGAAGAAAGUCUUGAAGGUUGAAAGUGAUGCUGAUAAUCAAAUGAAGUCCUUGCUUGAGGAACAUAACACUGCCCUAGAUGAUGUUAAGAAGGCCUUUGAAGAAAAAAAAUCUGAUUAUAAUACACAUAUUAUUAAUGAAGAAGCAAUAAAGAAGAAAGAAGAACAAAUUCAAAUUCUUUCAAAAGAAAUUGAUGAACUUAGAACUUGUUUGAGUAGUUUUGAAAACAAAACAUCAUCUAUGAUUGAAGCAGUGGCAGGAAUGGUAGUUAAAAUGACUGUUUUGAAUGCCAAACUUGAAAUACAAAAUACACAUGAAACAUUUGAAGCAACCAUAGACCAUGCAGACAUUGGUAAUUUGGAUAGUUUAAAGAAAGAUACAAGUACACAAAAUAAACAGUUUGAAUCGAAACAAAUUUAUGAAUUGCAAACAGAAUUUGUGAGGCUAAAGAGAAUGCUUGAACAAGUAAACAUGUCAUAUGAAACACAGUUGGACAGGAGUGAUAAACUUCAACAAGAAAAUGAAUCUCUUAAGUGUCAGCUUACAAUGAUGCAAUCUGAAAGUUAUACAGAACCUGUGGUAGUGGAUGAAGUGACUGUUGAAACAGUAAGACCAGUCACAUCAGCUUUAUUGGAGUCUGCAAUUGGUGCACCAGUCAAAACGGAUUCUUUCGCAGACAAUCAAUCGCAAUCAGUCAAUAAUGAUAACUAUCAAAAAACAGAAGUUGUUUAUGAGAAAGAAAUCAGUCAAUGCCAGGAAAAGGUACUGAAUCUUGAAUCAGAUAUUAGUAGUACAAGUAAUAUGAAGGAAGUUUUGCAGGAAAGAAUAAUUGCUUUAGAAAAUGAGUUGAGUACUGAAAGGGGUGGUGUUCAUGAGCUCAAUAUGUUUAUUAUUUCUCUUCAGAAUGAGCAACAAAAAUUGAUUGAUCAAGUUGCCCAUUUGGAGGACCAAAGGCAAGCACUAAAAAUUGAAAAUGAAGGUUUUAAGCAAGAAUUGCAAGAACUUGUUUCAAAGAAGUCAGAAGAAAGACUUUUAUUUGACACAGAAAAUCAGCAGUCAAUAAAAAGGGUUGAGGAACUUUCCCGAGAACUUUCAAUAGCUCAAAAUACAAUUGUGACUUUGAAAGAUUCAUUAAAACAAAUAACAACAGAGAAACUAAAUCAUGAUAAUAAUGAAAGAAAUAUGUUGACAGAAUUAGAUAAUUGUAGAAGUCAGUUGUCUGAACAAGAGGAAAAGAUAUCGCAUCUACAAAAUGAUCUGCAACAGACACAAUAUUUAGUUGAAGAGUUCACUGUUAAAGAUCAAAAAUCACAAACCCUUAUUGCAGAGCUUAAAGAGCAAUAUGUGAUGCUCCAAAAUGAUAAUGCUUCAUAUCAAGAAGUUUUAGAGCAGAUGAAAUCAUCAAACAUGGACUUGCAGGAGGUAAAUAGUAGGCAAACAAUAAUGUUGAAGUCACUUCAAGAGGAAAUUUCGAAGGCAGGCUCUGUGUCUGAAACUGUGGAGCAUUUGAGGAAUGCACUAAACUUGGUAAAUGAAGAGAAAGAAAAAUUAGAACAAGAUUCACUUACAAAUCAGGCACAGCAUGGUGAAAUACAAUUACUGGUUACUAAGUUGCAAGAUGAAAAUAAAAAUCUGGAAUUACAGCUGGUGGAAAUGCAAAGGAAUAUGGAAAUGCAAGAAAGUCAAAAGAAGAUUUUGGAAGAACAAUCUAAUGGGCUUAAUUCAAACUUUGAAGCAGUGCAAAAUGAAUGCAAAUUGCUUGAAGCCCAGACUGUGGAACUUAGAAGGAACGUGGACAUGCUACAAAAUGAACACACAAUAAUGGAAGAAAAAUGUGCUAGUCUAAACAACAAGUUUGAAGCAAUACAAAAGGAAAAUGGUAUGUUGGAAGCACAUAAUGUUGAACUGAAUGCAGUGGUUGAAACAUAUCAGAAUCAAAAGAAAAUGCUGGAUGUACAAUUUGCAGACCUUAAGGGAACAGUCGAAGGAAUACAAAAUGAGAAGGAAAUGUUGGAAGUGCAGCUUGAGGAACUUAGUAAAACUGUGGAAAUGUUUCAAAACGACGAGAGAUUGUCUGAAGUAGAAUCCAGCAAUCUCAAAAUGAAUUCGGAGACAAUACAAAAUAUAAACACUGUCUUGGAAGCUACCAACGCAGAACUUAGUAGAAAGGUGGAAACACUUGAAAAUGAAAAGAAAAUGCUGGCAUCACAAAUUAUGGAACUUAAUUGUAUGGUAGAAUCAAUGCAACAUGAGAAAGAGAACGUGGAACUGCAAAUUGAUGAUCUGAAAAGAGUUGUGGAAACCAUACAACCUGAAAAUAAAAUGCUAAAAGACAAAUUAAAUGAACUUCAAACAUUGCAACAUAAAUUCACUAUAUUGGAAGAACAAUCUGUGGAACUUUACAAUACAUUAGAAAUACUUCAAAAUGAAAAGAAAAUGCUUGAAUCUCAAAUUUUAGAAUUAAGUGGUACUUAUGAAACUCUACAUAAUGAAAAGGCAUUGUUGGAAGUGCAAUUUGAUCAACUAACAAAAAUGAUGAAAGAACUGCAAAAUCAAAACGAAAUACUUCGAACACAAUCAAGUGAACUUAAUACGACUGUGGAAACACUGCAAAGUAUGCUAGACUCGCAGUCUGUGAAGCUUAAUAAAAAGUUGGAAAUAUUAGAAAAUGGAAACAGACUGUUGGAAGCACAGACUGUUGAACUGGGUUCAACAAUAGAAACACUGCAACAUGAAAAAACAGUGUUGGAAGCAAAAACGGAAGAUCUUGAAAUAUCUAUGGAAAUGGUGCAAAAUGACAAAAGCUUGUUUGAAGCUCAUUCUAGUGAACUGAAUUCAAACAUUAAUACACUACAAAGUAGAAACACUACAUUAGAAGCUAAGUUGUUGGAUCUUUGCACAAAUUUAGAAACACUCAAAACUGAAAAGAAAAUAUUAGAAGAGCAAUCUUCAGACCUGCUUAGAAAUGUGGAAACAUUACAGAAUAAAGACAAUAUGCUACAAACUCAAAACAGAGAACUCAAUAUUCAAAUUAUUUUGCUGAAAAAUGACAACAAAGUACUGGAAGACCAAAUUUUGAAUCUUAAUGCAACUAUCACAUCUACACAAGCACAAUUAAAAUUGUCUGAAAAUGAUAAAGAAGAACAGGUAAAGAUAAUAAAAGAGCUAGGUGCAAAUCUUGAUGAUGCAAAUAUAAGUAUACAUGAUCUUAACACUGAGGUAAAGUGUUUAAAAGAAAUUAUUUCAUCAGUGACUGAAUAUGUGAAAUCAUUUAAUGAAAGUGAUUUAAAACAAGCUGUUGAUCACCAUGGCUUUUCAGAAACUGGAAACAUGUCGUUAAAAGAGUCCACUGUAAAAAGUAUCAAAGAACUUCAAGAAAAUAUCACUUCAAUGGGAAAUGUUGUAAAAAAUACACAUGAUGAAAAUGUGACAUUCAAAAAAGCUAUGGCGAAAGCAAAAUCACAGUUAAGUAAAUUUGAUGCACUUAGAUCAGAGUACGAGUCAUUAAGUGAUGAAUACACCAAGGUCAUUGCUGAUAACAGUUCUCUUACAACACAAGUAAAAGAACUUUAUCUAAAAUUCAACAAGUUAAACGAAUAUGAUAGCCAAAAGGCAACCACCACUGAACUUCAGCAUCUUGAAAAGACUAACAAAACAUUGCUUGAAAGAAUCUCCCAACUUGAAAAUGAAUGCUCAACAUUACACUCGCAAUAUGUAAAGCUUCUUCAGAGCAAAUCCACAGUUGAGACGUCCAUGCAACAAACAUCCCUGGAGAAUAAUGCCCUGAAAAUGCAGCUAGAAACGAAAGGUGACAAGUCGGGGCAGCUCCACGGGGAGUAUUCCAAGCUGCACAGGCAGUUUGAGGUGACAGUGCAGGAGAAAAGUAGGCUGAAGUUGGAGCAUGACAUGAUGGAGAGACGGCUGCAACAGAUGGAGGCACGCUGUCAGCAGCUGGCCUUACAGGUCAGUCAACUAGCAGAGGACAGAAGUUUUCUGAACAGCCAACUGGGCUCGCUGUCCAAGACCCUGCGGGGACGUGAGAAGGAGAUCACCGUAGUUCAGCAGCAGUAUAGGGACUUGUACAAUACACACACAUCUCUGCAGAGAAAGAUUUCUCAGUUAGAGAAGAACCUGUUUGUUGAAUGCAUUGACAAAGUGACCCCUCAGUCCUCUGGACCAGUUACACCUGUUGGAUACAGUCCAUCUCCAACACCCGAUCUGAAGAGGCCAGAGAGUGUGCCCAGGUUUGUGAAGGGAGAUCACCCUCACCUGGAACAGACACUGGAGAUAAGUCUGCACGAGAGGCUGGGAGAAGAACAGAUCAUGAAAUCAGAUGAAAGUGGAAAGAUGCAAGACAUAGAAUUAACCCGUGAUGCUAGUGGCAGCUACCUUCGACGACUGCAACGCUGGAUGGCUCUACAGAGAGAAAAAACUCAUACGGAAUAACCGUUUUAUGGACGAUUUUACUCGGCAGUGUAAGAAAAACGGACUUGUGGAUGAUUUUACUCGCCAGUGUUAGAAAAACAGACUUGCAACACAGGCUGGAUCAGACAUAGAGGCUGUCACACAUACUAUUCAAUGCUUAAUCAGUGCUUCCAUAAACAUUUUGUAAAUGUGUUAGAUGCCAGAUUUACAGUGCUUAAGGUUGAAACUGAGGGGUAUGAAAUCGGUAGUGGAUAUUAAGGUGCAUUAUAUGUGGGUGCAUUUGUGUCACCAAAGUGUAACAGGUGUCAUGUGUACAUAAAAUCCUGUAUAACAUAUGAGUCGCGUUCUGAGAAAACUGGGCAUAAUGCAUGUGCGUAAAGUGUCAUCCCAGAUUAGCCUGUGCAGUCGGCACAGGCUAAUCAGGGAUGACACUUUCCGCUUUUAUGACAUUUUUCAUUUAAAUGAAGUCUCUUCUUAGCAAAAAUCCUAUUUAAGCGGAAAGCGUCGUCCCUGAUUAGCCUGUGCCGACUGCACAGGCUAAUCUGGGACGACACUUUACGCACAUGCAUCAAGCCCAGUUUUCUCAGAACGCGGCUCAUAUAGUCAACAGUGGGUGCCCUGUACUAUUCUUCCAAAAAGUGUUCUGUGCAUUCCAAAUGGUCGUAUGUAUUGCUUGUUAAAUAGAUUUUUAAUUAUGUGUAUAUAUAAUUCUUACAUUAAUUUAUAUUAAGAUUUGUGAAUCAUUGAUUAGACUCUGUUAUCAUGGACAAAAAAUCUGUGCAGUAGUUGUAUUAAUGCACCUUUAAAAUGUUUAGGCACUAUUUAAUGGAAAUAGUUAUAUUCUAGAAUCAUUCCUUACAAAUUAAUUUAUUAAGUUUUGUAAAUGGAUUUAUUUACAUGAAAAAUGCUUGCAAGUUAUUUAAUACAAUUUUUAUAUACAUUAUCAUUCCUACCCAUUUGAAUGUUUUGUUUGUUACAGAUCAUCGAUUGCAAAGUUUAUAGAUUUGUAAAUGGUUUGAUCACUUUUUAUUUUAUUGAUUUGUUAAAAAUGUUCACUUAGUUUUGGUUGUGUACUGUACAGCUACCUUAUGUGAUAGAGGUGAAGUUUUCGUUGUGUACUGUACAGCUACCUAAUGUUAUAGAGGUGAAGUUUUCGUUGUGUACUGUACAGCUACCUAAUGUUAUAGAGGUGAAGUUUUCGUUGUGUACUGUACAGCUACCUAAUGUUAUAGAGGUGAAGUUUUCGUUGUGUACUGUACAGCUACCUAAUGUAAUAGAGAACUAUUGUGAUGCUUAUGAUUAAAAAUAUUGGGUUAUAAAGUAUCCUGGUUAACGGUA